CGUAAGCACGUACGGUGGAACGUUUCCUGUAUGCGGCUGUAAUGGAGGAGCUGAAAGAGGGACCCGCUGCUCAGCUACACCAGGAGGACGUCGUUAACAAACGUGAGGAUGAUGAAGAUGCACCUGCAGCUGCUGACCAUGCAGUGCAAACUGAAGCUGCUGCAGACAGCGACACCAAACCCUCGACCACAACCACGGAGAGACACAUCUCCAUCCAGGCUAAACUGGAAGGUCUGGAGAUGCUGGUGGACCUUGAUGGAGCGGGCCGGAAGUCGUGUCCUCUGUGUCCGGAGGAGAAAUUUAAAGCCUGUUACAGCCACAAGCUGCGUCGACACCUGCAGAACCUCCACUGGAAGGUCUACGUGGAGUUUGAAGGCCAGAAGAUGUGCAUCUGCCACCUGCCCUGCAGAAAUCUGAAGCCGAGUCUCAGCGGAGACCUGGCGUCGGGCAGACACAUGGCUCAUUACCACUGCGUGGUCUGUUCUGUCACCAUCGCUCGAAAGACCGACAUGAUCAGCCACCUCAAACGCCACGUCAACAAAGGAGAGACCGAGGCCAGCUACUCCGGGAACUCGGACGUACAGUUUGAAGAGCGGACAGCUCCGUCGGGUCAGGACUACGAGAUCAUGAAAGAACUGGGAACAAACGUCCAGCUCCUCCCGAACCACACCACCCCGCAGAAGAGCGACACCUACUUCAACCGAAAGAUGAAGACCAACAGGCAGCUGGUGUUCUGUUCGCUGGCUGUUCUGGCCGAAGAGAGGAACCCACUCGAGUGUCUGGAUGCUUUUGGAGCCACAGGCAUCAUGGGCCUCCAGUGGGCCAAGCACCUUCGUAACGCCGUCAAAGUCACCAUCACAGACAUCAGCGACACCUGCGUGAAAAUGAUCAAAGAAAACUGCGAGCUGAACCAAAUCCGGGUGGACGGAGGCUCACGAGGCCCCCGAUGGCCCGACAGGGAGGCCGAGACGGCGCCCAUCGCUACUGUGGAGGUCACCAAGAUGGACGCCAACGUCAUCUUGCACCUGCGGCCUUUUGACUACAUCCACCUGGAUCCAUUCGGCACAGCUGUGAACUACCUGGACGCCGCCUUCAGGAACGUCCGUAACCUCGGCAUCAUCUCUGUGACGUCCACGGACACGAGCUCCCUCUACGCCAAGUCGCCCAACGUCACCCUGCGCCACUACGGCUGCCACAUCGUACGCACCGAGUACUACAAAGAGUUGGCUGCACGCAUGGUGGUCGCCACCGUGGCCAGAGCGGCGGCGCGCUGUAACAAAGGCAUCGAGGUGCUGCUGGCGGUGGCGUUGGAGCACUUCAUGCUCGUGGUGGUGAGAGUCCUCAGAGGUCCGACACAAGCAGACGAGUCGGCCAAGAAGCUACGAAAACUGGUCCACUGUCAGUGGUGCGAGGAGAGGGUCUUCCUGAAACUGGGAAACAUGGUGGACGACACGCUGCCAUGUAACUGUCAUGGAAGUCUGCCUGGAAAGACUGCAGUCCAGCUGGGACCUCUGUGGUCUGGUGCUCUGUUCAACACGGGCUUCCUGAGGAGGAUGCUGUCUGCAGCCGUGCAGCACAGCAUGGACGACAUCCAGCCGCUCGUCAAAACUCUGAUCUGCGAGUCCGAGUGCACCACCCUCAAGUCUCUGGUCCACGGGUCGUCCGUUCUCUCCAACCAGGUGGAGUGUGGAGUCGUCAUUAAGACCCUGCAGAGCGGAGACGAGGCGGGUCCUGCUGAUCAGCCGGGGAAGAGGAAGAGCGGGGAGGAGUCAGGGAAUGUUGUGAAGAAGCUGAAACCUGAUGCAUCUCUGGAACAUCCACCUUUCUACUACAGCAUCCACCGCCACAGCAUCCGAGGCAUGAACAUGCCCAAGCUGAAUAAGUUCCUUCAGUACCUGUCCGAGGCCGGCUUCAAGGUGAGCCGGACUCACUUUGACCCGACCGGCGUGCGGACCGAUGCCACGCUGCAGCAGUUUAAAUCCGUUCUCACCAAGUACAGCGUCCCCACGUACACCAACGCCGCCACGGCCACGCAGACCAGCGUGAGCACGCAGAAAACGCCGUCAGCGAAGCUCGCUUCAGGCUCCCCGAACUAAACUCUGACUGCACUGACGGAGAUGAUUUGCUUUUUAACCCACACGAGAUCCCGGAUGAGAUCAUGUGAUGUUUCUAUUUAUUUCUCUUGAGAAUUAAACUUGCUCUUAUUUGGCAUUUUUCUCUGUUUUUUAAAACCUUUUUUCCUCAUCAAAAGAAAUAAACAAGCAUGAAUGAACUGAU